GCCUCGGAGGCGUCGCAGGCGCCGGAGCGCAGCCCCACGGACGAGUGCCAGCUGACGCCGGUCAUCCACGUGCUGCAGUACCCCGGCUGCGUGCCCAAGCCCAUCCCCAGCUUCGCCUGCACCGGCCGCUGCUCCAGCUACUUGCAGGUGUCGGGGUCCAAGAUCUGGCAGAUGGAGCGGUCGUGCAUGUGCUGCCAGGAGAGCGGCGAGCGCGAGGCCGGCGUCUCGCUCUUCUGCCCCAAGGCCAAGCCCGGCGAGCGCAAGUUCCGCAAGGUGUCGACGAAGGCGCCGCUGGAGUGCAUGUGCCGGCCGUGCACCGGCGUCGAGGAGUCGGCCGUCAUCCCGCAGGAGAUGGCCGGCUACCCGGACGACGGGCCGCUCGCCGCGCACUUCCGCAAGUCGCAGUAGGGCGCCGCUCCGCGCCGAGCCGCACUCCGCCCUCUCUGUACCGCCCAUUUUCCUAAUAAACUGACUUGCACUCUCAA